UAGGUACACAAUGAAGUACUUAAAUGAACAUGGAUAUAGCUGACGUGCGCAGGCGUAGGCGGGCUUCGUCGCUUCCAUCUGGGCACCUAAGUUUUAUUCAACUGUGGAUCUUAGUCGGAUACUAAUGUUCGAAGCUUCAAGGGUCCCGAACCUUGAGACAUGGAAAUUUCCAAUUCUGGUACUCGCACCUUAGAUCCUUCCACUCCUAUUGUUGCCUUGUCCCACCAUUGUGAUAUUAACCCUCCCUGAUUCCUCAAUGAAUCAACCUCUGACAACUCUAACAAUACCUCACACGUGGUCUAAAUGUUAUCAUGUAACAUAACCUCGACUCCUAUUAUUCGACAACAAUCAGUUCUUGUUCGCAAAACUUGAUUUCUUCAAACUAUUGUGUUGUGCAUUCGAUCAACCAUUCAUUCAUCAUCGAACUAAGCCCACAUGUCCACAUUCCAUCUUUGUCUUCCAUCUAUCAGUUAUUAAAUCCCCAGGACAGCCAAAGAACCUAUCACAUUUUAAAGCAUACAGAACAAAUAGACCAAUCAUCAAUCGCUCCCACCAACGUCGCCAUUAUUAGUCGACAAAAAUGUUAGUUUCUCGAGACACCGGCAAAAGUGCCGGUAGUAGAGAAAGAGGAAUGCCCAAACCGGACGAUCUAAAAGAUUAUAAUUACGCAGUUGCUGGACACGCUGGAACCAUGUGCGACGCAGACGGCGAAUUAUUUAUUAAGCCUUGCACGCAAUCCGAGGUCGAAUUUUACGAAUCGGCGCACGCGCAACACCCAGACUUCGCAGAGAUUAUGCCCCUAUACGUAGGAACUUUAUCACUAAACGAGGCCACCGACCAGGCUAUGAUACACGCGCAAAUACCCAACCUAGUCGAACAUGCAGAUAUCCCAUUUUCCGUUAAGGAGGAAAUCCAGUCCCAUCUACAUCUCGAUGACCGAUCGUCUAUAGCCGAAACGCCCGUCGAAAAAGAAAUCAUUUCCGACAAUGUCAAAUGGAUACCCAACAAGGCGAGAAAGAUCGUGACAGACCGAGCAGUAGUAUUAGAGAACGCGUCUUUUGGCUACAAGAAGCCGAACAUCAUGGAUGCAAAGUUAGGCAUUCGAUUAUGGGCAGAUGAUGCCCCUUCGGAAAAGAAAGAUCGGUUUAACAAAAUUACCGAAGAGACAACCCACAAGAAUUUCGGCUUUCGAGUUGCAGGAAUGAGAGUCUACAAGGGGUCUACAGAUGAAGCAGAGCUGGACGAGGAAGGCUUCAAGAUCUAUGACAAGGAUUGGGGUAGGUUCUCGGUAAACGACGAUAACAUUGUCAACUCGUUUAAGAAGUUCAUCUUUAACGAGGCCGCCGGUAUCGACAAAGAACUUGGCAAGACAAUCGCGGGUGCAUUCGCCGAGGAUCUCCGAAGAAUACAAGAAAUACUCGAGAAAGAGGAGAGUCGGAUGUAUUCUUCUAGCCUCCUGUUCGUAUUCGAGGGAGAUGGGGCAGCAUUAAGAGAAGCCAUUACGGAGAAGAAGGCUAUUGCGGAGAGAGAAACCAAUGAUGCCAUCGUAUUAGAACACAAAAGAAGUUCUACGCGAGCACCAGUCUCUAACCUUAGAGUGGAUAGUGGCAUCGGUAUGAGCGAAGAAGAGCUCUGUGAGUCCGUCGAUAUAGAAGCUCUUGACGAACUAGAAGACGACGAUUCGGACGAGGAAUUCGAGCUUCCACACAUUUAUACCCUGAAGCUUAUCGAUUUCGCACAUGCGGCAUGGAAGCCAGGCCAAGGACCGGACGAAAAUGUGUUGCUCGGCGUUAGAAGUCUAGCUAAGAUUUUCGAAGAUAUGUCGGAGUAACACGCUCGCACGAGAAGGGGGUCAGCAUGGGAACUAGAGGAAUAGAGAGUCGCAAUGGACGAUUCAGCAUAUUAUUAGCAUAUCUACUGCAUGCAUGGAAUGAACAAAAAAGUGCCCAAGUGGCGUCUCAGGGGAUUGGAUUUCCGGAGUUAUGCCCUCAAGAUACCCAUUACAAUUGCAUCCUGUCUUGAAUAUUACAUAUAGAGAAUCAUUCCUCAUAGGACUCCUAUUUACGAUCGCAAUGAAAUUUAUAUCCCCCAUC